AUGAUCAUAUUUUACAAACUUUAUUCAUUGGAGGGACAAGGCCAAGAUAGGGCAAAACUGAGAGAGAGACCUCCUCUGCAGAAGAAUACUUUCAUGCUGGACGGAAAAACAGGAAUGAAGGAAGUUGAAAUUAAUACCAAUGUAAAUGGGAGUUGGGCCAAAUACUCUCUAAUGGGGGCCUCAGACUUAAUCACAUCGAAAAUCUUGAUAAACAAGACUGGGUAAGAGAAAAGAUUUUUUAAGAAUUUUCAAAUUGAUGCAUGUCAAAAUCCACAUUUUUUAUCAGAAAACUCGGUCAGAAUUUAAAGGGAAGGAUAUUUCAAUUUCAUACCUUAUACCAUCCAAGCAAAGAUAAUGAUACACAGAUUGGAUCAGUUUCCAGAUAGAGAGUCAUAGGUAUGCAGGAAAAUAAAAAAAACGUUGCAUCUUAUAAUAGAUGAAAUAGAUGUUUUCCACAACGAGCCAUUACAAAGAAGACAAAUUGACAACCUAGAAGUUUUACUAGAAAGAUAAGAAACCUGA